ACUCCCGACUUUGUGGUUAGCAGACAUAAAAGCCCCAGCACUCUCGAUGUCUGACAGACGCAAUCCUCAUUGACAUUUCACCCGUAUCAUUUGUGACAAAUCUCACCAUAUCUUCAUUGAUAACCAUGCCUGCCCACUCUCUUCCAGAGCUUGACGUCUCCCUCUUGUCCGCCGACUAUGUCGACCCUCCCGAGGGAGUGGAUGUGACCAGUGACUAUGGCACUCCCAACUUGCUGUUCCUUUACUACUACCGCCUUGUCUCGGACUCCGACAGAGAGGCUUUGAAGUCUUUGAAGAACGACAUCGAAGCUUGGAACGCCUGGGAACUUGCACAAGCCGAGUCUCAGCUCAACAACCAAAUGAGAAAGGACAACUUGCCUACCGACGAUUUGCUUGAAUCGCGCGUCAAGCGGACUGACUACCGCGCCAAGGUCAUCAGCGCCUUGCGCCAGCGAAGCCAAUCUUGGCUCUCGGAAACCGAGAACAGGCAAUACAGCAUCGAGGUGGAAACCGAUGAGGACAACAUGAACCAGAGACUCAUGGAUGAGCUGCAAGUGCGACUUGAGUCGGAUGAGAGAUUGCCGGACCAAUUUGAUGUGGUUUUGCGCAUCAUCAACCGGAUCAUCGCCGCACGUCGCUCAGAUGAAUUCCAGCAGUACCAGUCCACUCAUGUGGAAUUGAAGGUCAAUGAGGACAGCAACCCAGAGAUCAAGUGUAUCUCAUUCACGAUCUCCGAGGGGGAAAAGAAGAAGCGGUCGGAUUCCGUCGUGGUCAAGAUUGACUAUGUUAACUAUCGGUAUCAACUGGAUCGGAAUACCUGGGGUGAGAACCGGGACAAGGCACAGGACAUGAUUGCCAGGGGUGAGAGCAUCCGCAGGGAUAUGACACUGGAGUUGUGCGUGAAUAACUAGGUACUUCUGGACCUCAGAAUGGCCCUGUUGCGAUCAGGCCAGAUGAAGGUCAGCCGUGAAACGUUUUCACAGGAUCAAUUUGUAAACCUGGCUGGGCCUAUGGUUCUGGGUAUGUGGAGGAAUUAGCCAGGAGAGAGUGCAAAUUGUUGGCAGAAUGCAUAAGUGAUUUUGAGGUCCAAUGACAUGUCCUCCUGAAUG